AGAUCGAACCAGUGGUAGGAACAUCUAAUAUUAACUACACAGACGCAGUAGCAGACAUAAUUCCUACUGAAAUGAAAACAUCAUAUUGGACACCGAUAGUUAUUUGGCUAAUAAACAUUCUCACUACAUAUAUUUGCUACGCUUUUGGAAAAUUUGCAUGUAAAAUUAUGAUCCAGUCCAUGAGCUUCGCAUUACCUGUAAAUCUAGCUGUUCCCGUCCUUUUAACAGCUUUGGUGUCGAUGUGCGGUAUGUAUAACAAGAAUGAAUGCGCUUACACCAACAUUUUCCUGCGUACUUAUUCUUCAAUACUCCAACCAUGUCGAGGCUUGAAGAUUUUAUUGGUCAUCAAUAUUCCUGGAUAUGGUUUUUAUGGUUGCUCUCUCAAACAUGGAUAACUAUUCACAUUUGGUCUAACGACCACGAAAAACUGAUGUCAACAGAACAACUGUUACGUAAACCGAUGUACGACGCUUUUUUAAUUGACCAAUCGCUUGCUAUGAAUAGACGAAGAGAACAUGAUAGACUCAUUAAAAUUGGAGAAAACACUGAAACCGAAAAUUUGACUCAUGAUAAAAUAACAAGGAUAUAUGCAUGCGCGACUAUGUGGCAUGAGACUAAAGAAGAAAUGGUUGAAUUUUUAAAAUCUGUCUUUAGAUUGGAUGAGGACCAAUGUGCUCACAGAAUUGUCCGACAAUAUUUACAGUUCCAAUUGCCUGAUUACUACGAGUUGGAAACUCAUAUAUUCUUCGAUGACGCCUUUAUUCGACAGUCACAAGAUGACCAAGAUCCUCAUGUUAAUGAAUAUGUUCUAUCUUUAAUUGAUACUGUCAGUGAUGCGGCUAGUAAAGUACAUGCUGUGAAUUGUAAAAUUAAACCACCAACUGUAUACUCAACUCCAUAUGGGGGCAGAUUAGAAUGGACAUUACCAGGUAAAACUAAGAUGAUAGCGCAUUUAAAAGAUAAGGCCAAAAUAAGGGCUAAGAAACGAUGGUCACAGGUUAUGUACAUGUAUUAUUUAUUAGGAUUCAGGAUUAUGGACAACGAUCAGCUUGAAGCAACAGAAAUUAAAAACAUGGCCCACAAUACAUAUAUCCUUGCUUUAGACGGAGAUAUCGAUUUUCAACCCGCUGCCGUACAUCUCUUGGUGGAUUACAUGAAGAAAAACUCCAGCUUGGGAGCUGCAUGUGGUAGAAUUCAUCCAGUCGGUUCAGGUGCAAUGGCUUGGUAUCAGGUUUUUGAAUAUGCCGUUGGUCAUUGGCUUCAAAAAGCAACCGAACACGUCAUUGGUUGUGUACUUUGUAGUCCUGGUUGUUUUUCUUUAUUCAGAGCUGGAGCCCUUAUGGAUGACAAUGUUAUGGCAAAAUAUACCACAGAAUCUUCAGAAGCACGACACUAUGUACAAUAUGAUCAAGGUGAAGAUCGUUGGCUGUGUACGUUAUUAUUGCAGAGAGGUUACCGUGUAGAAUAUUCAGCAGCUUCUGAUGCCUACACCCAUUGUCCAGAAGGUUUUAAUGAAUUUUAUAAUCAACGAAGAAGAUGGAUGCCUUCCACCACAGCAAAUAUUAUGGAUUUACUGACAGAUUACAAACAUAUUGUUUCAAUCAACGACAACAUAUCCAAAUUAUACAUUUUGUAUCAAGUAGUCAUUAUGAUUGGUACAGUAAUUGGUCCUGGAACUAUUUUUCUUAUGUUAGUUGGAGCUUUUGUGGCUGCUUUUAAAAUUUCACAAUACGAGAGCUUGAUUUGGAAUGCUGCCCCAGUUCUCGUCUUUAUAAUAGUAUGUGCCACGUGUAAAUCAGAUACACAAUUAUUCUUUGCUGCUCUUAUCACUGGAGUGUAUGGUCUUAUCAUGAUGACAGUAUUCGUUGGUAUGAUGAUCCAGAUCGAACAAGAUGGUUGGCUGGCUCCUUCAUCUCUUUUCUUAGUGGCCACAAUGGGAGAGUUUUUGAUAGCGGCGUUAAUGCAUCCGCAAGAAUUCUACUGCCUCAAAUAUUUAAUUAUUUACUAUGUUACUAUUCCCAGCAUGUAUAUGUUGUUGGUAAUAUAUUCAAUAUUUAACAUGAAUAAUGUAUCAUGGGGUACCCGGGAGGUCACUGUAGCACCUAAACCGCCAGAGGCAAAUCAGGAAAAUGCACCGAAAGCAGCGCCUGCUCCUGCGUCAACAGCAAACCAACCAUUAUCAUUUUUGGGUAACUCAAAACAUAAUGCGGGAUCCUUUGAGUUUUCUUUCGGGGGUCUUUUUAAAUUACUGUGUUGUACUUACGAUAGUAAAGGCGAGGAAAGGGAAAUGCUUAGGAACAUACAAACUUCCAUUCAAAAUAUGCAACGAAAAUUGGACCAGUUGGAGAAGAAUAAACUAUCUAGAGAUUCGAUUCUGGAACCAAGAAAAACCGCUAGACAAACUGAGCUUUUCGUGGGUUUGAAAGCUGCAAGAGCUUCACAAAUAGGGACUCCUCUAGCACAAACACAGGAGUUCGCUAAUGAAGAUGGCGAUGCUGUUGACGGCGAUGAUGAAGAUGAUUAUUCAAAUAUCACUGCUUCGGAAGACGUUGAGGCCAAUAGCUGGUACUACGACGGUAAUCUCAUUAAAAGCGGGGUGGAAUUCAUUGAUAAGAAAGAAAAAAAAUUUUGGGAGAAACUUAUUGAAAAGUACCUGACUCCACUAGAUGAUACUCACAAAAAGGACGCUGUCGCUAAAGAUUUAAAGGACUUAAGAGAUAGAAUGGUCAUGACAUUUUUUAUGUUGAAUGCGCUAUUUGUAUUAAUAAUAUAUCUUCUAAACUUACAACAGGAUAUAAUUCACGUUAACUGGCCCGUUAACCCUAAAGUAAAUUUCACUUAUGUCACCGACGAAAAUAUGAUAAUUAUUCAGAAGACUUAUCUGCAACUACAACCUAUAGGAUUUGUAUUUCUUAUUAUGUUCUCUGCGUUAUUGCUUGUUCAAUUUAUUGGUAUGGGUAUUCAUCGUUUUGGUACCUACUGUCAAAUUAUGGCCAAUACUCAUAUAGACUUCAGUCUUUUUGGAUCAGAACAAGUCAAAAAUUUAACAGAAAAAUCGCUGUUGGAAAGAGAUCCCAUAAAAAUAUUUAAGCAACUCAUCAGAUUACAAGGAAUAAAUGACGAAAUCGAGGAAGAGAAUACUCCAGUAAUAAGAAGGGAAACAGCUCAUUGGUUAGCUUUAAAGAGAGAAAAGAAGCCUCAGCCAGUAAUAGAAGACUUAGAACAGGCCUUCUAUAAAAGAUUGAGUCUAUUUAAGAAAGGAGUAUAUAAAGAGGAAAAUUUGCCUAGAGACACAAUUCCUCAAAUAGCUAGAAUACGAAACACAAUAAUGAGGAGAUCUCAAAUCACAGAAUUCACAGGUGGAUUAUCAAGAAACCACGAAAGACCAAAUAGUGCAAUAUUUCUUGAAAAUCCCGCUGAAAAUGAAGCUGAGGGUUAAAUAUUUAGUAAAACGUUUAAAAUGUAAUUAUUAUAUUGUCUAAGUGUUAUAUUAUUAUUUUAUAUUU